AUGCAUACAGGCGUAAUAAGCAAUCAGUUAAUUUGUAGUGCAGCAGAAGCAGUUAUUCGAAAAAAUAAUUGGAUGCUCGAUUCAUUAUCUAUAAGAAUCGCUCAAUCGGCUCCGCUCAAAACGCUUAAAUAUUUUCGCGUGGCUGUACCACAAGCUCUUACUGGCCAAACUCUUGUUGCAUUUUUACAGGAGUUGAUGACUUUUGAUGAUCUCGCGGAUGCACUACACUUGGCAACUUUACUUCUUCAGCACGGUUAUAUAUUCCCUGUAAUCGAGCACUCACUGUUUGUCAAGGACGAUAAUACAUUGUAUAGAUUGCAGCUGCCAUAUUUCUGGCCCUCACAUGCUACCCAUACUGAUAAUGUAGAAUAUGCAAUCUAUCUUAAUAAACGACUGAUGCGAAAUGAGCAGAAGCAUGGCUUAGAAGAAGAUGAAGUUGAGGCAUAUAAUAAACUUCUUGAGCUUCUUGGUCAUAUGUGGGAUUUUAUUACUAUUCAAGCAGAA